UAUACUGAUGCUGCUGCUGACAGCGGAACAGAGGUCUUGUAUGAGUUUAGCUUGUUGACAGUUUUUUUACACAGUCGUGCCCUGCGAUAUCUCCUCUGCUGCUCACAAAAAUUUGUACCUACACAGAGAGGAGGAUGUCUGCGAGUAUGAAUAAUCCUUUUCAACAUAUAGUUGAUCCCCUGGACCCCACGGACCCAAAGAAGCGGUUUUACAAUCUUUCCAAACUUGGAGAUCCAAGAUAUGACCGUCUGCCGUUCUCCAUCCGUGUCCUCCUGGAGUCAGCUGUGAGGAACUGUGAUGAGUUUCUGGUGAAGAGCUCAGAUGUGGAAAGCAUCCUCAACUGGAAGCAGACACAGAGUCAAAGUGUGGAAGUCCCAUUCAGACCAGCUCGUGUCAUCCUCCAGGACUUCACUGGUGUCCCUGCUGUGGUGGACUUUGCUGCCAUGCGUGAUGCAGUGAUGAAACUAGGCGGUGACCCAGAGAAGAUUAAUCCUGUUUGCCCUGCUGACCUGGUCAUUGAUCAUUCCAUCCAAGUGGACUUUAACAGGAAGUCUGAUAGCCUUCAGAAAAACCAGGACUUAGAAUUUGACCGCAACAGAGAGAGAUUUCAGUUUCUAAAGUGGGGCUCUAAAGCCUUUAGGAACAUGCGAAUAAUUCCUCCUGGUUCAGGGAUUGUUCACCAGGUCAACCUGGAGUACCUGGCUAGAGUGGUGUUUAACUAUGAUGGGUACUUCUACCCCGAUAGCCUGGUGGGCACCGACUCCCACACCACCAUGAUUGAUGGACUGGGAGUCCUGGGCUGGGGUGUUGGCGGAAUUGAGGCGGAGGCUGUCAUGCUGGGUCAGCCAAUAAGCAUGGUGCUUCCCGAGGUGGUGGGAUACAAGCUGUCCGGGACCCCAGACCAGUUCAUUACCUCCACUGACAUUGUCCUCACAGUUACCAAGCACCUCCGUCAGGUGGGUGUCGUUGGGAAGUUUGUGGAGUUUUUUGGACCGGGUGUUUCUCAGCUGUCCAUCGCUGACAGAGCAACCAUCGCCAACAUGUGUCCAGAGUACGGAGCCACAGCAGCUUUCUUCCCUGUGGACGACGUCAGCAUUCAGUACUUGGAGCAGACCGGGCGAGACGCAAAAAAGCUGCUCUACAUUACAAAGUACCUGAAGGCAGUGGCCAUGUUCAGAGACUACAACAAUGUCUCUCAGGAUCCAGAUUUCACUCAGAUUGUAGAGUUGGAUCUGACUACAGUGGUUCCAUGCUGCAGCGGCCCCAAAAGACCUCAGGACAGAAUUGCUGUGUCCAACAUGAAACAAGACUUUGAAACUUGCCUGGGAGCAAAGCAAGGAUUCAAGGGUUUCCAGGUGGCUCCUGAGCGUCACAGCACUGCUGUCCCUUUCCAGUUUAAUGGAAAAGAGUAUACAUUAAACCACGGCUCUGUGGUCAUCGCUGCUAUCACCAGCUGCACCAACACAAGCAACCCAUCUGUCAUGCUUGGAGCAGGGCUCCUUGCAAAAAAAGCAAUAGAAUGUGGCUUGAGCGUGAAGCCGUACAUAAAGACUAGCCUGUCACCUGGCAGUGGAGUGGUCACCUACUACCUCAAGGAGAGCGGUGUGAUGGACUACCUCUUUCAACUGGGCUUUGAGGUUGUUGGCUAUGGUUGCAUGACCUGUAUAGGCAACAGUGGGCCCCUCCCAGAGCCAGUGGUGGAGGCCAUAACCCAGGGAGAUCUGGUUGCUUCAGGUGUCCUAUCGGGAAACAGAAACUUCGAAGGGAGAGUCCACCCCAACACCAGAGCAAACUACCUGGCUUCCCCACCGCUCGUCAUCGCCUACGCAAUAGCUGGCACUGUGAGGAUAGACUUUGAGAAAGAUCCCAUUGGCAUUAACUCUGAAGGCAAAGAGGUUUUCCUGAGGGAUAUCUGGCCCACACGGGAGGAGAUCCAGGCUGUGGAGAGAAUCUUCGUCAUCCCAACAAUGUUUAAAGAAGUCUAUGAGAAGAUUGAGCAAGUGAAUGAACGCUGGAACGCUUUGGUUGCUCCCUCUGACAAGCUGUAUACCUGGGACCCCAAAUCCACCUACAUCAAGUCACCACCAUUCUUCCAUGGUUUGACCAAGAAGCUGCAGCCACCCAAGUCCAUACACGACGCCUACGUGCUGCUGAACUUUGGAGACUCGGUCACCACCGACCACAUUUCUCCUGCAGGGAACAUCGCCAGGAACAGCUCUGCAGCACGCUACCUGACCGACAGAGGUUUGAGCCCUCGUGACUACAACUCGUACGGCUCGCGCCGAGGUAACGACGCUGUCAUGGCCAGAGGGACGUUUGCCAACAUCCGCCUCUUUAACAAGUUCCUCAACAAGCAGGCGCCACAAACCGUUCACCUGCCGACUGAAGAAACGCUGGAUGUGUUUGACGCUGCAGAGAGAUACCAGCAGUCCGGUGUCCCUCUGCUGAUUCUAGCAGGGAAGGAGUACGGCUCGGGGAGCUCCAGAGACUGGGCGGCAAAGGGCCCCUUUCUGCUGGGUAUUAAGGCCGUUGUGGCGGAGAGCUAUGAGCGGAUCCACCGCAGUAACCUGGUUGGGAUGGGAGUGAUUCCUCUGGAGUAUCUAGCAGGAGACACUGCUGACAGCCUGGGACUGACCGGCCGAGAGCGCUACACCAUCAUCAUCCCCGAGCAGCUCACACCCAGGAUGCUAGUCGAAGUGAAGCUCGACACGGGGAAAACAUUCCAAGUGCGGAUGAGAUUCGACACCGACGUGGAGCUGACGUAUUUCCAACAUGGAGGCAUCCUCAACUACAUGAUCCGAAAGAUGUCCGAAAACUAACACGCCCAGUACGGAGAGAGCAACAUGUGUCAUUUGUUUCUCUAGUUCUCAGCUACAGUCCAACAUGACAUCACUGUUGUGAGUUUGUGUAAUGGAAAACUAACGUCCAGAAAUAAUCCAAUUAUUGUCCAUUUACAGCCAGAAAACACAUUUAUCACAAUGUUCUCAUUUUUGAGAAUACUGCUACUUCGGCAAGAUAAUGUUGAGUUAAUGAGUUAAAAGGUUCUCUGGGGGGGUGUAUGGGUGUGUCAGGGUUUAAGACACCACAGUACUUUACAGUUUAGCCAAGGCAAAGGAUUAUUCCAGUUUAUUACAACGUUUGUCUUUAAAAAAAUAUAUGAUUCUUAAUCAGUUAUAACUUUCGAUUGCUCUCUAGAGCUGGGUUUUAUAGAUUUUUUUUGGCACGAAUGGAUAUGCUUUGGUACGACAGAACCAAGUAGUAAAAAGAUAAUUUCAGUGGGAAGGUUCACCUUGUUAAAUUUGUCAAUAUUCCGUUUGGUCUUCAUGAUUUCAUUCCCUGUGUUAAUGCAUGGGGGGCCCAGUGAGCAGAAGGUUUACAGUAACACGAGAGGUCUUUUGUUAGAUGUGUGUUUAAUGAAAAGGAGAAGAGUCUUUUCAACACGCUUCCACAGGCAUCAGAAAACACAAACGGCCAAUCACAGUAGCCUCAGCGUGUAGUUGCGUAACAGCAUAACUUCCGACACAUGUAGCCAGAGCAGGUAUUGCUUAAGCCCUUAAAGCAUAAGUAUAGAAUCCAUUUUAAGGAAGAUGCAGUUUUAUCAAACUGCUCUGCCCACAGUUAAAGAUUAUCUGUUGAGUUUAGAAUCUUUUUUAGUAGCGCUAUAGAGACAUUUAUUAUAUGUGUUUCCUGUUUGGUUAGCUCUCGUGCACUCCAGCCAAUGGUUUUACACUUACCCACUCAUCAACAGGUGGUAGUAAUGUGCAACACCAUGCCAACAAGAGCAGGGCAGAAGAUCCUAAUACAUUGACGUAAUCAGGUUUCAAACUGUUUAGGUGAGUAAAGGUAAACAGAUACUUUGUUUACAAGAAGAGUCCACAGAGCACCUUUUUAACUGCUGGCCUUCAUCUCUAUCUACAGUCAUGCAGAGUUUAUUAAGCUGGUGCACUGUUCUGAACAAGCAAAGAAUGAAAAGUAUUGUAGCUGUUUUUAAAGAUUCAGGUCAGAGGUUGAGACCAGGGAUUAUGGCGGGCAAUAAUUUAAUACUAUGUGGUCUUGUGAGUAGAAUAUCAUUAUGCUAACUCCUCCAGCUAAACAUGCCGUGUGAAAUGUAUUCCAGGGCUGCAAAACACUAUUUUCAUUAUCUAUUAAUCUGCAGAUAAUUUUUUCCGAUUAAUCUUUUAGUUUAAAAACAAAAGUCCAAGGUGAUGUCUUUUUAAUGUCUAAAACCUAAAGAUAUUAUUUUUAAUAUGAUAUAAAAUAUGGCUGGAUAACAGAAUUUAUCACCAUUUUUUGCAUGAAAAAUUACUUAAACUAUUAAUCCAUUAUUAAAAUAGUUGCCGAUUAUUUUUCAGCUGAUCGACUAAUCCAUUAGUCACCUAAUUGUUGCGGCUAUAGUAAUGGUUACUAUACUCUCAUCGUUCAGCUAGUUCUGUUACAUCUACCCCUACUUAGGGUCGUCAGUUUUAUUCUCAAAUGUUUUUUCUGACCGUUCUUAUUUUAAAACGUAAUUUUAAAUCUGCUUCUGUCAGUGUGUAAAGUUUGUUAUUGACUGCCUUAAUAACGUGCAUAUGUGAUUUGUCUUGAUUCAAAGAUGUUUGUGUCUUUUCUUUUUUUGCCCUUUUAUUCUAAAACACUGAUCAUUCCGAUCAUGAAGACUGACAUGUUCAAUAGAUUCUAACUGAAUUCAUUAAGCCACAGAUUGAUACUGAAAAGCUGAAUAAAAUGUGAUUUUUGUUUUGUGGUU